AGACUCAGUCAUGAGUGUUUUCAAUCGUGACGAAACAUGGUCUGAGUGAUGAUACAAGCAGGGAUAUAUUUUUUGUUCCUUGGCUGUACAUGGCUUUUUAUCACCACUGCCUCGCUGGCAGAAGAGAGCGACACAAAAUUCGGUAACGAAGCACAAUGGCUAGUCUGGAAGAAUAUACAUGGCAAAAUAUAUGCAGAUACAAAUGAAGAUAAUCUUCGCAAGGCAAUAUGGCGGUCAAAUCUGAAGAAAGUUGCGGAUCACAAUAAGGGCAACAACAGCUACAGAUUAGCUAUCAACCAUUUGGGUGAUCUCACGGAGAUUGAAUAUAAGGCAUUGAUGCUGGGUACCAAAUACUGGCCGGGUAUAAGAACCAACGGGUCGACAUUCCUACCGCCUUCAAACGUGCGUUUGCCUUCCUCUGUGGACUGGCGCGAAAAAGGUUAUGUCACAAGAGUUAAGAAUCAGGGUUCUUGUGGUUCGUGUUGGGCCUUCAGUGCCACAGGAUCGUUGGAGGGACAACAUUUUAAGAAAACAGGAAACCUGAUCUCACUUAGCGAACAAAAUCUUGUCGACUGUACGUUAUGGUAUGGAAAUCGUGGAUGUUCUGGUGGCUUAAUGGAUAAUGCAUUCAGAUAUGUUAAAGAUUAUGGCAUUGAUACGGAAGAAAGUUAUCCUUACAAAGGAGUUCAAAGUUUAUUCUGUUUCUAUAACUCUGCUGACGUUGGCGCAACGUGUUCAGGAUACGUUGAUAUCAAGAAUGGCUCGGAGAAACAGCUUCAAUCUGCCGUAGGGACUGUGGGUCCUAUAUCUGCUGCUAUGGACGCUGAUCACUCCAGCUUUCAGCUCUACCACAGCGGUGUGUACGAUGAAUCAGACUGCUGUAGUACAGACUUAAACCAUGGUGUGUUGGUAGUAGGGUAUGGUACUUUGGAUGGUAAAGACUACUGGCUGGUCAAAAAUAGCUGGGGUACAGAUUGGGGUAUCAAAGGGUAUAUAAUGAUGUCAAGGAACAAGGGUAAUCAAUGUGGAAUAGCCACCCUUGCUAGUUAUCCCUUGCUGUAAGUUGUCAUGAACGGUCGACCAGCGUGGGAAACAAGUAAUUCUGAAACACUUACAGUAAUUAUAUUUUUGUGUUGCUAAAUCGUAGUUACUUUUAAUCUUUUAAUACUUUCUUUCGCGAAGAAGGACCAAAACUAGGAGAGAUUUUAAUACCAAACAGUAAUAGUUCUCCAAUAGUAAACAUCAGUUUGAUUAAACUGCCUUACCACUUACCAUAACCUGUGUAUAGGUGGCAGAAUAAAACACGACAGAUGUUUCAUAUUUGUCCAGAAUGCGCACAUAACAACAGAUUAACUCAGAUUCGGGAGAAAACAAAGUCAAACGACAAAGUCUUGUCCAGUUUUUUAUAUCGAGAUCAGAAAUGCAUAAUAAUUACGCAUUCUAUGCACGCGCACGCGCACUAUGGCGUAAAGACGCUAAAAAAUAGUGCUCCGUGACAUUUGAAAUUUUUACACAAUUACUGCUAAAUUUUUAGAAACAUUAUUGCGUUAUUACUUAAGUAAGGAUAUCUUUAAAACAACGUUGGUGUUAUUUUUUGUUAACUUGGUUUUUUCGCGCAUUUUGUGACUUUAUCAAGAUUUGGACAUCGAACAUUGGUCAUUGGAGUGGUUACGCGUUCAUUGCUUUUAGCGUGAAUAAUUUCCAGUGCUACUUCAACUGUGAAUUCUGUGAGUUCGAAUUGGUUAUAUUAUAUAUAUUUUUGGAACUUUUACGCAAAUAUUUUGCUAUUUCUCGAGUUUGGACCGUUAAAUUAUAUUUGCGAACGUUAUUCCGUUAACCGCGUGCUACGUGAUUUGGUAAAUUGGUUGGUGACGAAGCACGCUAAUUAGAAACUAUGCCGCAAGAAAGCAAAGGCGGAGAGCGCGCAUUUCAAUGUAAUUUGUGCCCGAGACAAUUUGGUUCGGAACGAGGACGGUCGCUACAUUUAAAUUCAUGCAGGAAAAAACACGCAACUGGUGGAGCGAGUCAACAAGAUGGACAAACAUCAAGUAUGCCUGGUUCUAUUGUUGUCGAUCCGGUUACUCCCUCAAGUUCUCAAAAUAGCGGAUCACCAUGUGUUUGGGGCAGCCUCACUAAAGACGAUCUAAAGCAAGUUGUUAACGCAGCCUAUGAAGAGGUGGUUUUUUGGCGCAAAAAUCUGUUUAUGUUGCCGAGUGGAGCUGCUGGAAAGUCAUACGUCAGGGAACUGGAGAGACUU